AUGUCAGCCAAUACAUUACGCACCUAUGUAUCCUGGACCACAAUAACAAUUUUUGUGGGGUUCAGAAGCUGGCUUGAAAUAUUCCCCGUCUUUAUAAAUUUUUCCGUCUACUUCACAGAGGAAGAAAAUACUUACGGCAAACUUCUUCGCCUGGACAACAUCGAUUUGCUUGGCGACGACGAUAGCAGUUGGGAUUUGAUGAAUGUCCGGUGA